AUGUGUCAGAAGAGAAAAAGAGAAAAUACGCAACGAGCACUUGGCUCAAACAAAUUUAAUUAUCUUGAAUUAUCGGAACAAAUUGCUUUGAAAACUGGUGGGCUUAAUGUCUCAACGCACUUAGACGAAAGUGCUUUUCGCAUUGAAGACUAUGAAGAAGGAGUCAUUCUAUCAUCCUAUUGUCUCGAUCGAAAUCUGAAUGCAAUGUUCGAUCUUUGGGAAGAUAUACUUCUUUAUUUUAAUAAACAAUUGAAUCAAUAUGAUCGAUUAGAAACAUUGAUUAAAGGUCAAGCAUCUGCAUACGCUAAUAGUGUGCAUGAAUCUGGUCAUACAUUUGCAAUGAUGCAUUCAGCAAGUCAAUAUGGGCCUGUAGAUCAAAUGGCGGAGAGUCUUCAUGGCUUAACACAAGUGAAUCGAAUGCAAGAAAUUGCUCGUUCGGAGAAUUUUGAUGAUAUUACCAAGAAAUUGAGUCAAAUUGCCGAUCAUAUUCUGACAAAAAAUUCAUUACGUUGCGCGUUGAAUGGCGAAGCUAAUGGCUUGAAGAAUGGAAUGGAACGAUUGGAAACGUUUCUCGAUCGACUACCUGGUUCAUCAGCAAAAACACAACAAAUUCGCUUUGAAGAUGCCAAUGCCAUUCUCAAGAACGAUUUCAAAACAGGACGAGUCAAACUUCCCAGUAAAACACAUUUUGAAAUGCCAUUCGAUGUCUUCUAUGCUGGUCAAUGUUACCAGAGUGUGCCUUAUACUCAUGAAGACUAUCCCAAGUUGUUGGUGUUAGCCAAAUUGAUGUUUAAUAAAUUUUUACUGCGCGAAGUUCGUGAAAUUGGUGGUGCAUAUGGCGGCGGUGCUAAUCUUCGAGGAAAUCUAUUCUCAUUCUUUUCGUAUCGCGAUCCUCAUUCAGUCGAAACAUUGAAGAGAUUCGAUCAAUGUGUUGACUAUUUUGUUAACGGUAAAUUUACAGAUAAAGAUGUUGAUGAAGCCAAAUUAGCGACAUUUCAACAACUUGAUAAACCGAAAUCACCCGGUAGUCAAGGUAUGACACAAUUUUUGCAUGGUAUUAAUGACGAUAUGAGACAGAAGAAUCGUGACCGAAUAUUCGCCUGUGGAAAACAACAUUUGAUCAAUGUGACAGAGAAAUAUCUUCAUAAGAAACCAUACGCAGCAACAAUUCUGGGUCCUGAUAAUCCAAAAUUUGCUGUCGAUGGAGAGUUCCGUCAAAUGACAACCGAAAAAGAAAUCGAAUUGAAUGAUACUCAAUUGAGAGUUAGUUCGGUUUUGAAUAAAGAUAAUAAAAACUAUGGAAAGAAAAAUUUAAUUGAUGGUAGUGAAGAAACUUGUUGGAAUUCGGAGGCAGGUUCAUCACAAUGGAUACAAAUCACCCCUACAACACCAUUCGCAUUGAGUAGCGUUGCUAUAAAGUUUCAAGGCGGUUUUGCAGCGAAACGCUUCGCCGUAGAAUGUCGACAAGCAGAUGGAACAUUUACGUCAACGGCAGAGUUUUAUCCUGAUGACCAUGGCAAAUUACAAGUCUUUCGCCUUCCGACGACGCCACUGAUCGAUCAAGCUCCAUUCCGAUUGACAUUCCACGACAGUUAUGAUACAUUUGGAAGAAUCAUUAUAUACCUUUUGAAAAUCUAUGAGAAUAAAUAA